GUCUAGAAAUAUGACUUAUCAGUAUCUGACUCAUAAAAUCCCAAACGUAAUUUUUGUUGGACUUACUGAGAAGUCAAAUGUCACUUCACAGGCACAAGCAUCGCUCUAAAGCCUAAAACGUUUGCUUGAUGGACCUUUUUUCUCCCCCAGACGAGAGACUCUUUUUUAGUUGUCAUGGUAACAACAACAAUAGGCAUCAUGGCGGAGGAGAAACUUUCAUUUGAACAAACGUUUAACUUUAAUCUGCUUUCCACGAAAAGCUUUAAUUUUCAGGAAGACCCUAAAACAUCGCGACUUCUGAUGAAAUGGUCCAUGCUGGGUCGAAUUACAGCACAAGCCUUCAACUUUGAUCAAUCUUUCCAGCCUUAUAGAAGCAAUGACUUUGCCUGGAAUUUCUUUCAAGAUCCAUGCGUGAAGCACAAUUUAAAUGUCCUUGAUCCCACCGGAUCAUGGACACGGCUGGGAGACAUAACACAUGUAAAUGUUGAAGUUGUCCCAUGUACAAAAGUUUCAGUGGAUAUAUUCGAUCCAAUUUACUCAAAUGGAAUUUUGCGUCCCUCCGGACACAUUGUCAAAUGUUACCAUGAAAUAUAUCCUGACUUUGAUGAGCUACGGAUGCUUUUGCUUGAAGCAGACUCUGAAUAUCAUCAUAUAAUCAGCCCCAGUGAUCGUCAGGAGUUUUUGUUCCGGCUGUUCAAACAUAUGGUAUUGGGUGGUGAACUUUGCCAAUAUGAAGAUGUCAUCGAUCCUUACAUUGAGACCGUGAAAAUAAUGUACAAAGACUUGGUCAGUGUUCAGAAGGAUACUGAUACAAAAGAGAUCAAUGUGGUCACAACAGUUUUAAAAGUUUCAGCUUAUGAUCACAGUGGAUUGUGCUACCCAUCUGCUACAGAAAACAAGCAGACAUUUGCUUACCUCUGUAUUGAUCCUUGUAAAAGGCAUGUGUAUGUUUUGUUCCAUUCAUUUGGUAUAGGGGAUUUUUCAGGGAAUUGAGCGCUCUCAAUCUAGAUCUAUAUAAAACACUGACAUUAAAAUUAGACAGUACGCUUUUUCCACCUACGCGUAUCAACCAGGUGAGGAGAACAUUUAUUAAAAAUCAAUUGUUCAAAUCAAAAUUAAAAUUUGGUCAGCAUCAUCAUAUUGUUUCUAGAAUAAGAAUAUAAUUUAGCAAGCUCAGUUUUGUUUUGUUUAAUGUGCUUGAAACAAUAAAGUGUUCAAUUCUUUUCAAGUGGUUAAUUUAGUCUCCGUUUUU